AUGCAUAUCGCCGAUUUUACAGGACCCGAAAUUUUUUUGUCUUGCUUUUCCUUCUAAUAUCAACACACACACACACACAAAAUGAGCAGACUUGAGAAUCUAAACGUCAAUAUACGCGAACUACUUGCCAAUUCACUCGAGCCACGUGAUCUCGUCGAAUUAGCAACCACGUCGAAACAAAUGUGCAACUCUAUGAUGGACAACAGCGUUUGGAAGAGUAAAACCAAUAAUGACUUUGGCAAUCUAUUUGAAAUUUACGCCAUCUUCACGAAAUCAGCGGGUUUGGAACUGGCACCUGAUUUAGCAACAAAGUUUAGUCAAGAACCUACAAACUGGAAAGAAUAUUAUGCGCAAAAGAACGCCGCCGUCGACAGCGCGGACGACGAAGCUUUAAUGACUCAGGCAGAAAAGGAGUAUUCGGAAGCACAAGCCUUUCUCAAAACGUUCCAAAGUGACGGCAAUGUUUCUGUAUUAAGUCGCGUUGCGUCCAAAAUGAUGUGGAUCUUGGAUGUUUUCCCCACGCAUGCUGGAUGCUAUUAUAUCCUUGGAUUUAUCCUAUUCGUUCUCAACAGACUUGAAGAUGCUUUGAUCCCGUUACGUACUGGUCGUCUUGUUGACCCUGGAUUCGAACCUAUUACUGAACUCCAAGAAGAAAUCCAAAGGAUAUUGCAGGGAUAUAAAGGAUCUCAGGAUGAGACACCAUUGCUGGAACAGGACACGCUUUCUCGUGAAUUGAAGGAAGUGCUCGAGGAGAUUUUCCGAAACUUUGAUAGAGACCAGGAUGGUGCAUUGAAACCAGAGGAACUGGAUAGCUUUAUCUUUACCACCAACGGCUCGCAUCCCCCUGCACCUUUCUUGCGACAAAUGGGACAACGAUUUGGAAGCAAUGCACGCGGCUGGCUGACGCGAGACGGAUUUUUGGCAUUUUACCUAGAACAAACCUUAGACGAUCCAUCAGAAACUCGAAGUGACCUUGGUGUCCAUGGAUAUGACCCCCAAAGUUUAAAAAAACGCAUGGAGGAAUGAUCAUAAUAAAAACAACUUUUUGCAUCAUUUUCUCUAUACUCUUUGUGUAACAGUA